UAUUGUGAGCCCCCACAGAGGGCAGUAUAUCGGCGCGCAUACCGCACUCUGCGCAUGUGUACUCGGACUUAAGGGACCCUGUGAGCGCUCAGACAGAGUCGACUCACUCCACGAACUAUUCCCAUCGAUCAGACCCUGGAAGUUACCAUAACCCUACCCCAAUGGAGCCUCCAUCUACUCCAGAACAGAUGGAGAUGGACCAGACAGUGGAGAAUGUGGAGACUGCUCUGUACCAGCUGUACUUCGAUCCAGACAUGGCACAGAAGGAUGUCGCUCAGAAGUGGCUGACCCAGGCUCAGGCCUCUGCACAGGGGUGGCAGUGGUGCUGGGCCCUCCUCGGCUCUGACAAGAUCCCAGAGGUUCAGUUUUUUGGUGCCAGCACCCUCCACAUCAAAAUCUGCCACCACUGGAGUGACCUCCCCACAGAGCAGCACGAAACCCUCAGGAUGCAGCUCCUCUCACAGAUCUUGCACUUCUCCGCUGGGCCCAAAAUGGUUCGGACUCGUCUCUGUGUGGCCCUGGCCUCGAUGGCUCUGAACCUAAUACCCCACGUGUGGUCUCAGCCAGUAGUGGACAUUGUGCGAGCGUUCCAACCACAGAAGCAGGAUUCUGAAGGGGGUUGCAGUGCAGAGGUCUCUCGAGACCCUCAGGCUCAUUGUCUUGCUCUGUUGGAGCUCCUCACAGUGAUUCCAGAGGAAUUCCUGAGCAGCCGCCUCGCUCCGGCUCGCCGCUCUCAGCUGAGAGAAGCUCUGGCGAGCGAGUGGGCCACUGUGUGUCCCAUGCUGCGACAGCUGCUGCAAAGUCAGGACUCAUCUAGCCUGGUGAAGGAGAAGGUCCUCCACUGCCUGUCCAGCUGGGUUGGGCUGGAUGUGUCUUUGGGAGAAAGCCAGGAGCUGGUCCAGGACUUUUUCUCUACGCUAUCAAACCCACAGCUGUUCGAUUCGGCUGUGGAGACAAUAGUUACUGUCAUCUCACAGCCCGACUGCCAAAGGUACAUCGACGCUCUCCUGAGCCUCAUGCCUCUGGUCCUCGGGCUUUACGACCAGCUGAAGACAGCUGCUCAGGUUGGAGACAUGGAGACCUCCCAUGGGAUCUGUCGCAUCGCCGUUGCUUUGGGGGAAACGCACUCCAGGGUUUUGUUGGAACAGUUGGACCACUGGCAAGAAUAUUUGGCUUUGGUCAACAUGAUUCUGUUCUGUUCGGGCAUCCCUGGACACUACCCUGUCAGCGAAACCACAAGCUCCCUCACACUUACCUUCUGGUACACUUUACAGGAUGACAUUUUGUCCUUUGAGGAAGAAAAGCAGGCGGUUUAUCUGCAGGUUUACAGGCCAGUUUAUUUCCAACUGGUGGAUGUGCUGCUUCAAAAAUCCCACUAUCCUUCUGAGGAAGAGUAUGCCUCCUGGUCUUCAGAUGACAAAGAGCAAUUUCGCAUUUACAGGGUGGACAUCUCUGAUACUCUGAUGUAUGUUUAUGAAAUAUUGGGAUCAGAGCUGCUCAGUAAACUCUACGACGGUCUCGGCAGACAGCUCAUGGAUCCCCAACAGUCGGGAGUUUGGCAGGACACAGAGGCUCUGCUGUUCGGCUUCCAGUCCAUCGCUGAGACCAUAGAUGUGAACUACUCUGAUGUCAUCCCUGGUCUCAUUGGGCUCCUCCCCAGAAUCAAUAUCAGCAACCUCAUGCUAGCAGACACAGUCAUGUACACUAUAGGAUCCUUGGCCGAAUGGCUGGCCGAUCACCCUGUGAUGCUGAGCAGCGUUCUGCCGAUGGUGCUGCAGGGCCUCGAGAAGGAAGAGCUGUCAGUGUCCAGCGUGUCCACGUUGAAGAGGAUCUGCAGGGAGUGCAGGCAAAACUUCAGCCCCUGCGCCCAAGACAUCCUCUCCGUCUCACAGACUGUGCUGCUGAAAAACCUUCAUAAGAGCAGCCAGUGCAUGUGGCUGAUGCAGGCCUUGGGUUUUCUGCUGUCCGCUCUUCCUGCAGAGGAGAUUCUAAGCGGCCUGCACUCCCUCAUCACACCUCACAUCCAACAGCUGGAUGCACUGGCACACCAGGAGCCGAAUGCCUCCAACAAACAGAGCAUCAUGCACAUCCUGGGGAUGCUGUCCAAUUUGUUUUCCACUCUGGACAUUAGCACCCAUUCAGAGGUCUCAGAGGGAGACGCCAGUCUCAGACUCUCCCCCUCACAGAGACCACCAAACCCGGUUGUGGUUGUCCUCCAGCAAGUGUUCCCUCUGAUUCAGACCAUCCUUGGUAAAUGGCUUUGUGACUCAGAGGUGGUGGAGGCGGUUUGUGGCGUUUUUGAUAAAUCCGUACGCACACUCCUGUAUGAUUUUGGGCCGAUGGUGCCCCAGCUGUGUGAGAUGUUGGGGCAGAUGUACGGGGCGUUUCCUCAGGCCUCCGCCUUGAACCUGGCACGUCAGAUGGUUCACAUUUUUGCUGGAGAGGAGCAUCACAUCUCCGACAUCAAGGGCCUCACUGAAGUGCUGACCUCCGCCACACUGGCUUUAUUUCAACAAGGUCUGAGGGAUCAUCCGGAUAUUGUAGAAUCAUUCAUGUACCUUCACGCUCAGAUACUUAAAAGAAAACCUGGCUUGUACCAUUCGGACCAGCUGGAUGUUGAGGCCUUGUUUCAUUGCGGGAUUCAGGCCAUCAAGUUUCCAGAGACGGCUACAGUCAAAGCUGCCUGCCUGUUUUAUACGGAGUUUCUGAAUCGCUGCAAAGAUAUGCCCUUGCUCGCCGGGGACCUGCAGAAGGAUGGAAAGCUUCUGACGGAGACCGUCAUCCAUGCGAUCGCAGGCGGCUCUCCCCGCGGCGCCACCGAACCCUUCUCUGACGUGCUGCUGAACCUGAACAGACACUGUCCGGCCCUGCUGCCCCGGUGGCUCAACGAGUCCCUGCAGGCGGCGGGAUUUCCCGCCGCUCAGGUGUCUGCUGAGCAGAAACAGAGCUUCAUCCAGCAGCUCCUGAGGGAGCAAACCAACAAGCGGCGCAUGAAGGAGACUGUGAUGGAGUUUUCUCAGCUCUGCAGAGGCCUGCAGGGCUCCGGAUACUCCAAAUACUGAAACCACCUUUUAGUUCAAACAGCCCGCCCGCCCAAAUAGGUGUUUAAAUACUCUUAUCCCCAAUUCUUAAUUUACUUUCAGGGAAAACUUGUGUUUUGAUGUGUAAUAACAGCGGAUUAUAUUCAAGAGAGAAUUUAUGUUGUCUUUUGGGUUUAUUUUUCUCUUCCUUUCAUUCUGCUCCAGUUCAUUUUCACUCUAUCAAAAUAUAGAAACAUCCCCCGCCUGAACCCGGCAACAUCUUCUCUGUUCCACAGCAGCGCCUCUUUAAAAAUGUUCCUUCAGUACAUUAUUAUAUAGCUUAGACCUCUUUGUGAACUUCAGCCAGUACAGAAUAAAACAACGAUAUCACUUUAGCACAACAGAAAACAGGAGAACACCAGCAGCUUUUCCAGCAGUUUUUGUUUCUUUGACGUUUCUUCCCGUCAGCUGAGACUGGAGGAAGUUUGAGUUCGUCCUCGGUUAAAAAAAAAAAAGGAAAAAGAUCUCUGGAUGUAGUGUUUUUUCUCUGUGAAGGGGAGUUCCUCAGUGCCGUGUGUUGGUGCAUGCAUUCAGAGCCAGACCGCCGCUCCUCAUCCCGGACGUCCACUACCGGAUUCUGGUGAAGAGAUUCAGGACCGACUUUGAUUCCUACAGAGAGAAGAAGAGCAAAUGGGAAAAAAUAAAAAGAAUUAUUGGCGA